UGGUAGCAAUUGUAGUUGUAAACAUUUUAAAUCAUUUUCACAUUAUUCAUCAAAUGUCUUCAUAUUUUUAACUAUUUUACAUAAUUUUAUUCUUUAAAAUUAAAAUAAUAUCAAUUGAAUAGAAUAAUUAGAAUAAAUUUUACAAAAUGGAUGUUAAUGUUAAUGUGGAAUAUUGUGUUGUGUGCGGAUAUGAAAAAGAAUUUUUAGAAAUGACUAAAGCAAUUAAAUCUUUUGUGCCAGAUGCAAUUGUCACUGGUAAAGAUGCAAAAGAGGGUGCAUUUGAAGUAUCGAUUAAUGAACAAUUAGUGCAUUCUAAACUUCAAACUUUGGCCUUCCCAGAUCAUAAUAAUGUGGGUGAAAUUGUUAGAGAAGUAUAUGAAGGUUAUCCUGUUAGAAAAGUGGAUAAACAACAACCAAUUGAAUGUUCAAUACAGUAAAAAUUUUUAUCAAUUAUUCUCAUAA